UGCGUUAGACUGCUGCUCGCUGAAAUCACGCAUCACCAUGUCGGACGAAGGGAAGCUGUUCGUCGGAGGCCUGAGCUUCGACACCAACGAGGAAACCCUCGCCGAGGCCUUCGGCAAGUUCGGCGCCAUCGAGAAAGUCGAUGUUAUCCGCGACAGAGAUUCCGGUAACUCCCGCGGCUUCGGCUUCGUGAAAUUCGAGAACGUGGAGGACGCCAAAGACGCGCAGGAAGGCAUGCACGGCAAAACCCUGGACGGCCGCGCCAUCCGCGUGGACGAGGCUGGAAAGGGCGGAGGCGCCCGAGGAGGCUUCGGCGGAUCCCGGGGUGGCGGAGGAGGAAGAGGAGGCGGAGGAUACGGCGGGAGAGGCGGCGGAGGCGGCUACGACAGCGAUAGGAGCUACGGCGACCGAGGCUUCCAGUCCGAGGGGCGGUUUGGCGGCGGAAGCCGAGGAGGCGGCCGCGGCAGCUACUAACCGGCCCGGUGCACCCUGCGUGGACUUUUCAAAGAUGCUCCGAGUCGAGAAAAAAAAGGAGUUUAAUGUCAAAGUCUGCAGGAUAAAAACAAACAAACUGUGCAGAAUUAUUUACCACAUGGGGAAACCGAAAGCAACAGCAAGUCUUCAAAGUCGCCUUCGCAGAAUACGAACAGUUUCUUGCGCCGUUAAUGUCCGUUAACGUCACCGACUAGCUGCUAAAGUCAAAUUUAAGAGUUACGUCUCUCCACAAAGAGGCCGAACGAGUCGGAACAACUCGACUCGCAGACUGAGUGAAUCCGGAGUACUGGACUUUCUAGCUACGGUUGCUAGUCCAUCGUUCCACGAGGUGCCGCUUUGUAUUUUGUCUUUCUGUCUCCUUUGUCUUGCAGGAUCCCAGUAGUUUUCAUGGGCCAGUCCUUAACAUCAAUACAUGCUCACUGACUGAUUUUUGAUUUGCACAUUUGUUCUGUUAUUUGUUUUGGAAAUAAAUAUGCUUUAUGACUUUUCAA